AAACGUGAAACAAAUCGGUUACUGAUGGUUUACAGAGCAUGGGAAGACAUGCAUCAUGAAGUUUUAGGAGUUUUGCAUCUGUAGAAUGCAAAUGAUCAGUGACGUUCAUGUAGUGAGGUGUAGGAGUAGUGUAGUGUAGCAGAGCCAACCUCUUCUCAUAUACUAUAGGGCUACAGAGCUCUGCACAUUCUUUCGCAUAGAACGUUUUUUCCCCCUUCAUUUAAGAACUGAAGGUCUGGUUUCGUUUUAAGUAAGAAGAUCUGCAGAACUGAAAGCCCACAACGAGUGAAAUCAUGGCCGUUCAACAGCAGGUAACCACAGUGGUGACACACUCAGCAUACAGUUCCGGUACCUGGACCACUGGUAUUUGUGACUGCUGUUCUGAUAUGAGCACGUGUUGUUGUGGUUUCUGGUGUUUCCCGUGUUUGCAAUGUCAGACUGCUUCUCAGUUUGGCUGGUGUUUCUGCAUGCCUCUUCUGGACUGCCUUCUGACCGUCUCCUGCUGUCUUCGCAGCAAGAUGAGAGAGCGCUAUAGCAUUCAUGGCUCAUGCUGUGAUGACUGCUGUACUGUGUGUUUCUGUUAUACCUGUGCCUGGUGCCAGAUGGCACGUGAAGUUAAAAUCCGUGCUCGUGCUGGUCCUGGUGCCACUGUAAUCACUCAACAGGUUACUGGUUAGACGAGCCUUUGCUGUUUGAAAGUUUAAAUGCUGAAUUUAAGCAUUUACAGUUUAAUCAUUUAUAUUGUACACUCUCAAACUUUAGCUUUUUUUUUAUCUUGAUUUAUCUUGAUUGUUACAGAAAUGUUUUUCUGUAAUUACCUUAGCUUUGUAUGCUUACCUUUCAACAAUUAUACACUUUAAUUAAUAAAGCAUAUGAUUUGUGUAUAAGGAUA